AUGUCGUCCGACUUUGGCCAGCGCAUGCAGUUCCAGUUUCAUGUGGCCAGCUCUCCGGGGAGAUCCCCGACACAGGGUGUUAGGUUAACACCCUACACUGCAGCCGAAUAUGCCGACUUCAGGUACCCAGGGAUGAUAAGCGAAGAGGACGGAGGAUUGCAAAAGAUCUCAACCCGCCCGAGACUCACCAAGGAUCAAGCAGAGGCCCUGGAGGCUCAUUUCCAGGUUGAACGAAAACCCAGCUCUCAGACCAAGAAAGAUUUAGCCAUCCAGACCGGUUUGUCAGUUGGUCGAGUCGCGAACUGGUUCCAGAAUCGGCGGGCCAGAGCAAAACAACAAAGGAGACAGGAGGAGCACAAGGCUCAGCUCAUAUCCGCAGAUCGUAAGGAGAAAUGUCACAGUGGCGACAGGGAACGAGAUAGUGGUGACGAGAGGUGGCGGAGUCGUAAAGAUGAAGAUCCUGCAAUCGAUCCUCCUUCAUCUGCUGUUCCAGAUGAAAGGUUUUUCGGUAUGACUCCUCGCUUCGUCACCAGGCUCCCUAGCGAGGCUCCCUCAGUCUUGGGAGUCCCACCCGAUAUUCCAGAUCUUGAAGAUGAGAGCCACAAGAGUUUACCAGGGACACCGUCUUCGGAGAGCAACAUUGAAGAUGAGGACGUUCCUCAUGCCAACGCUCAUCCAUUAGCAGAUGGGCCGAAGACCCGCAUGAGGACGUACGAGACUACUAGUCACCCGACCUGCAGCGAUGCGGAAGAUAUGGUGGUCUCCGAAGGGGAACUCUCAUUCAUGGCCACCCCCUCCCCUGGGGAUUUACGAUACAACGGCGAGGAGCUGCCGAAUCUACAGCAAUCGAUCAUCAAAGGCCUAGCCACAGAGCGCAUUUCAGAUGCAUACGUAACAUUGCUCGUACGAGCAAGAGGGGGAGGAGAGCAGGCGCGCGGAUCUCAAACUGGUUCAAAUCUCAGAAGCAGCUCAAAAUCGGGCUCAAAUUCUUCACAGACAACUACCUCCAGCCUUAAUUAUUUCAAUAAGCGCUCACACCCCGACCACGAAGGCGAUGAAGAGAACGAGAGGCCUCCCCCAAAGCGACCAAGUAGCAGAGUAAAACUCAGCCCUGGGCAAGACGGCAAGCUUCUGGCCUGCCCCUAUGCAAAGUUCGAUCCAGCGCGGUACUCGGAACGCAACACGACUGAAAUACAGUACCGUGGAUGCUCAAGCUGCUUUCUCACAACGAUCCCCCGCCUCAAGCAACAUCUGUAUCGCGUACACAGCCGGCCAAAGCAUUACUGCUCAUGUUGUUUCGAAUCCUUUGAGACGGCGAUACUCCUCGACGAGCAUGUCCGAACGAGAUCGUGCAAUGUGUCGCCCCCGCGCUUCGAAGAGAAAAUGACCGUCGACCAAAUGGCUGAGAUCAGACGAAGGACUCCGCGCGAAGACCAAAUCAAAAGCUGGUUCGCCAUCUUCCGCAUCCUCUUCCCGCAGGCGGAUUUGCCGACCACUCCCUUCAUCACCAGUUACAAUGAAGAGUGCGUCCAGCAUAUCCUAAGCUACUUCGAACGUGAGGCGCCGCAAAUGUUGGCGGACGCUCUUGCGCCAGAGCUGGAUGCCCCAGCACUUCUUCUCAACUCCGAACAGCGGAGGAUGCUCGAUGACAUAUUAGAAAUGACGUUCAGGCGUGUUCUGGUGGUCAUGACGCGGAAUGCACGGGAGAGACAGGAUCUUCAACAGCAGCGCAACUAUCCAUCGACGGACAAUUCAGCCUCUCCAGGCCCGUCGAGGAGCUUGGAAGAUUCUAUGCCCAUGCGACAGGAAGCCGGGGACUCUGAAGCGUCUCUUCCGUCCCAACAAACCGAUUUCCAACUGAGCUCCAAUCCAGAUGCACCAUCCCGAGAUUCUCUUGCCGAGGCUGACCCCUGGCAAAUGGUCAGCACACAGCAAGUAGAGGGGAAUGAUUCCCAACACGCAGACAUAGCACGUUUUGCUCCGAACACCGCUGAUGUGGCGCAGCUACCUGCAUUCCUGCCAGAGCAAGGGGAGUGGGACGCGAUUGACUACAGCCUGGCUAGCGAGGAGUGGCAACGGCUGGUGAAUGCAGCAGGACCGUUGGAUUGGUGGCAAGAUGAUUCCUUCUGUCGGGUGGAUGACAAUAUGGCCCUUCCCCCAGUUCAACCGUCUUUGCCGUAG